CGCAAUCGAUUAAAAUUAUAGCCUCUAAUUAUUUUAUAAUUUCCCGCGAAAAUAAUUGUCUUCAAAUUUAGCGCGAUAUAUCGAAUAGCGAAUUAAGACGAAUUCCUAUUUACUUCGAGUCGAGCGAGAUACUUUUACCGAGGAAUUAAGCGGGAGCGGCAGUAACGCCACCUGCGAGCAUCCGGCUCGUUUCAAAUAUCCAGUUACGUAUUUCUUAGUGUACGGCCUCAUUGUGGUUUCUCUGUUUUACGACAGGUAACCGGGGACCUCUGACGAUUGUACAGGUCGGGAAAGGAAAUGGGGGCGGUGGAGAUGGCGGAAGUGAUUUACUGAGAUUGGAACCACCCUCGGAUUUAAGGCCAACUCCGUCGCCCUUGUCCGAAACGAGUGCAACAUUGCAGUCCGACAACAAUGAUACCUUUAGCGGAGGUGUCGAUCCACGAUUAUUGUUGGGCGCAAACACUGGGGGCGAUCGUAACACGUGGAGGGUCGUUACCGCGUGAAGGAACAUCGGCGUGCUGGAAAAGCGACCUUUCAAGGUCAGGUUUACAACUUCCUGGAACGUCCCACCGGCUGGAAGUGCUUCCUGUACCACUUCUCUGUAUGACAUUGAACUAUGCACUACCAGAAUAUCGAUGUAACAAUCAAGUUUUCAAUUUAGAAUUUUGGAUCGCACGUUUGAUUUGUAUUUCGAUAAGAAAGAAGGUUUCAAACUUUGUACGUUAAAUAGAUAUGUGGAUAAAGUUAUCCAGGAAGGGUAGGUAUUUUGCUUCUUUUUUGUUCCUCUGAUUUUGAUUCUCUGAGAAGAGAUUAAACAUUUCUUAUGGACGAUGAGACGAGAGAAAGAUUCGCUCGUUUUACCAUGUCAUAGGUAACUUUCUAAAUUCGUAUGUGUACCUUAAAAAUUCUUGAAAUUCUAGAAAUUAAUGAGAGAGAUAACUUCGUGAUAUAAUAAAGCGAGCAGAAAGUACGAUAGUUAACCGAGCACUAUAUGCUGUAUUGUAUGUAUGUAGUAGUAUGCAAAAGCAUUGGUUUAAACUGGCCUCGAGUGUGUUUAAUGAAGAAAUAUAUCAUAACUUAUCGUAACUUAGAAAAUUGAUCGAACUUGAUUUAAAAUUCAAUCUUAUUUUGUAAAGAAAAUGUGUGAAAUUUGUCCAUUUGCAUGCUACUACAAUAUACAAAUUUUUGAAUUAUUUCACGCGAAAGUGGAUAAAUUUUUCACUUAAAUGUCAGUGAUGAUACAUGGAAGAGCGGAUUAACGACAUAUUGGCCCCGCUCCUUAGAUUGUUUUCCGCAUCAAUCUUUAUUGUCAGUUAAUAAACGUCACAGAGUAUGUUUUUUCCGAAAAGAUUGAUCAUGCGAAUAAAACAUUUCACGUAGAAUGAACAGAAAAUUAAUAUUAUUCAUAACUUGGUUCGUAUAAAAGUGAAUAAGAUGUAAAUUCAAUUGCGUGAAUUUUCAUUUCAAACGGAGAGAAAUGUUGGAGAGAAGAGAUAAUCAUUUAAAUAUUAAUUCUAUUGGAAAUUAAAA